AUGAAGCGGGGAUACGUGGAAGAUCGCGCCUACCGCUCCACUGGUCCUCCCCACUCAAAGCCGAAGUUGACCCACGAUGGUAUGUCGACCAAGCCCUUCCCUUUUCUCUCACUAAUCUCUCUCUCUCUCUCUCUCUCUCUCUCCCUCUCUCCUUUGGGCGGAUUGACCGUGGGAUUUCUCUGUGUUAUUCAAUCGCAAGCAUUUAAUUCGUUCCUCAUUUUUUUGGCCCAGCAGACGACGACCACACGCGGGAUGUCACCCAGAAAGUGGCCGAGCAUUACAGCGCCAGGGCUAAUAGAACUCUGGAGGAGAGAGAAGCGAGCCCAAUCAUCCACUUGAAGAAGCUGAACAACUGGGUAUUCCCCUUGUUCAAUUACUCUAUUCGGGCCUCUCCUAUCUCCAUUCUCUGUGUCUGAUAACUUAUUUUUCCGUUUUUGUUGUCCUACAGAUUAAAAGCGUCUUGAUUCAGUUGUAUGCUCGGCCCGGAGAUGCUGUCCUUGAUCUUGCCUGUGGGAAGGUAGGCCGUCUCCUUGGACGGUAGUUGAACACUCGUUCUCUGGUUCUCUUGAUUUUUAACGCACUUUUGUGCUAACUCCUUGAAAAACUAGUCUUCUUAAGGUUUUAUAGAUCAGGAUGAAAUUGCUGGCUUCUGCUGUGAUUUUUAUUUAUUAUUUUAGAGCUUUUGGAUUUUCUAGUUGCUAUCAAUUCCUAAAAAAAUUCGUAUAUUCUUGGAACGUACAAUGAGUGUGAUUGUGUAUUAACGUUUUUUAUUUUUUGUUGUUGUAGGGCGGUGACUUGAUCAAGUGGGACAAGGCAAGGGUUGGAUACUAUGUUGGCAUUGACAUAGCCGAAGGCUCUGUGAGUUCAUCACUCAUGCUUGCUGAUGAAGAUUUGAUUCUAGUACGGAAAAUAAUAUGAUCACCUGAGAGUCAUGUGGGAAAUAUUAAUAGCAAAUUUGAUUCACUCAAGGGCGAAGAAUCUAUUAGAAAGCUUGACUGAGCAGGGCAAUGCAUCAAUAUAUGGAGGCAUAUAGGGGAAUAUAUAUAUAUAUAUAUUUGGUGUGUGAAUAAAACUGAAGACUCUGGAGUUGAGAAUAAAUGGUGAUUUAGAUGGAGAAAUUAACAAUAAAACAAAAAAAAUGAAUUUUUUUUGGACAAGAUCUUGGAGGGUAGCAAUAAACUGAAUGAAUGCAAGUUUGGAAGGUGACAUUUAGCCAUAGUCCCCUGUUGAUUAUGCCAUUGAUGAUUAGUAAUAGUCCCCCUUUAAUUAUCUCAGAAAAAAAAAAACCUGUGGUUGUAAAGAUGAGCCCAUUUGCCCAAUAAAUCUAGCAAGUAUCUUCAACCUGAUCUCUCUUAGUUUCUUCAACCUGGUCUCGUCACUCCCUACUAUAGCUAUCUUUUGUUGUUUUACUUUUCUGUUCACUUUUCUUCCUCUCAUGGAGAUCGGUGUACAAUGGUCCAGCAUGGUGUCUGGUUUGACUUUUGCUUCCAUGUUUGACUUCAUCUUCUGAUCAGUGAUCCUGUUGGACUCUAGAUUGAUGAAAAUGAACCUUAGGAUUCGGUACUUAUUUUAAGAUAUAUUUUAGUGAUUGAAUAGAUUAUUUUAGUCUGCCACAAAGGCGAUGCAAUUCAGAUGCCGACCCCAGUACUCAUAUGGGUGAGAUUCAUUCAGAUAGAGGACUGCAGGACACGAUACAAUGGUGAAACAGAUCAACACAUGCGGCGUAAAAGGUUCAGCUUUCCAGCACGUCUGUUCUGUGGGGAUUGUUUUGAGGUAACCCAUCAUAAUUUUAGUUUAGUGUUGGCUGUUUUCAUCACAGAUCUAAUCUAGAACAGAAAUUGUUAAUCCCGUGUUCAUAUAUGGAUUAUUUGGGAAAUAAUCCUGAUAAUCUCGACUAGAACCUCGCAAUGUGUCAGACCUCACCGUUGGUGCAUCUUGUUGAGGUAGCUCUUAAUUAUGAUUGAGAAUGAAUUAGUUUCAUCAAUCUUCUAAUCACGCAUACUAAAUUGUUCAUCCUUUAUUAACAUACUAAUUUUUGGGAAAUGAGCCUUUUUUUUCCUUGUUUCAACAUUAAUAUUUGGUACAUGUUUGCCUGUGGAAUCAUGUACAUACCGACAUCAAAGCUUUUGAGUAAAACUUUGUUGUUUGACUUUGUGCAUCUCAGGCUCGCUUGGAUAAGAUCUUGGCAGAUGACUCGCCAUUUGAUAUAUGUAGCUGCCAGGUAAGCCAGAAUCUGUGGGUGAAGCUUGAAUUUCUUAAAAUUUUCAAUUUUUUGGACUAAUUUUUACUCCCCGAUUAUUAUUUUUUAUUCUUUCAGUUAGUGAAAAUGCCAUAAAAGAUUAUCAAUAUCCGGAGGAAACUGUGAUAAUAACUGUCUUAAUUCGUAGUCUCAUUAUUAGGAAAACAUAUUGAAAUCUUAUUUUUGUAUGGGUUGACUUCACUCGCUGUCAAUUGGUUUUCAAUCGGAUGACCUGAUCCUGUAACGCAGUAUCAUAGCAGAUAUUCUUAUGUUUCCCAUAGUUCAUGCCUAUUGUGCCUGUGAUAAAGCCCAAAAGUCAGCUUGCAUUAUUAGAAUGAUUCCACUUUGAAAAACUAAUUUUAAAGAAUAGCCCAUGAUUGUGUAGAUGAGCCCAUUCUUAUCAUCAUCCCCAUUGUAUCAAGAAUUAGUGGUCCGGACUAUAUUCAUGGGGUUUAUAAUCUUCUGGGGUCACUUUGUUGCAGUUUGCCUUGCAUUAUUCGUGGUCAACUGAGGCACGAGCACGGCGGGCCCUGGAGAAUGUGUCGGCUUUGCUCCGCCCUGGAGGCACAUUCAUUGGAACAAUGCCAGAUGCAAAUGUUAUCGUCAAAAAGCUCAGAGAAGGUGGCCCCCGGAUCUCGAAAUUCCCUCUCUGCCCGAAUCUCUUAUUAGUUUUUGAUAUUUUUCCCCAAUAAAGUAAAAAUGGGAUUCCCCAGAUCAUGAAAAUUCUCGUAUAAAUGGUCCAGAAGAUGACUAAUGUUCUUCAACGGUGGGAAAUUAUGCGAGGGGAAAAGAGAGAGGGUCUUUUAGGGUAGCUGUAAGAUUAAUGGCGCAAUUAAUUUUAAAUUCUAAUCGCAUGCAAACCCUAAAGAAUGGCAUGGAUAAGGGUGUUGAUGGGCCAAAACCUCGUAAAUGGGCCCAAGAACCAUGCUUUAAUGAUAGUUUAAUCUCUCUCUAUUUUCUACCGACGUUUAUCAAUCCAAACGUUCCAUUUAUUUUCUUCUGAAAAAUUCUUCUGUGUGCAGCGGAAGGCCUGAAGUUUGGAAACGAUGUUUAUUGGAUCAACUUCGAAGAAACAUUUACCCAGAAGGUUUCAAUUUAUUCACUUCAUGAGCUGAAUGCAUAUAUUCAGACCAAAAAAAUGGCUUAAUUUAUGACUAUUUUCUCUGAAUUUUUGGUCCUCCUCCCCCCCUUAACCCUUUAAAUUUUAUAUUCUUCCAGACCAUUGAUUUCUUCUGGAGAAUGACUUAACUUAUUUUUUUUCAGAAAUUCAUGUUCAUCUGCUCCACAGUUGAAAUUAUAUGAACUACCAAACCUGAUUAUUUAUGGUGGAAUUUUUUUUUCUUAAUAGCUUAUUCCUUUUCAGGGUCAAGGCCUUGUGCUCUUUCUAACUAUGUAUUCUGUUCUACCAAAUCCAUUUAUUUAUACUGAAAAAUGGCUUAUAUUAGUUCUUUUCUCGGAAUGUCGAGUUUUCUUGCUCCCUUCACCAUCUUUACAGUUAUUUAUUCUGACAAAGGCAUGUUAUUUCUACUGAUUCAAAUGACUUAAUUUAGUGUUUUUCUUCAGAAAUUCUAUCCUUCUUGGCCUUUCACCCAUGGACUCAUGUAUUCUGCCGAACCAUUUAUUUAUGUCGCAGAAAUGACUUAAUAUAAGACUUUUUCUCUUACAGAAAUUCGAGUCUUCUUGGCACCUUCACCCCUUGAAAUCAUGUGUUCUGCUGAACUCAUUUAUCUAUGGUGAAAAAAUAGCUAAGCUUAGGGUUUUUCUUGUCGCUUCAUCCUUGAAAAUUAUAUUUUCUACCAAACCCAUUUAUUUAUGCUGCAACAUUCGUCAUAAUUUAGGGGUUUUUCUUAGAAAUUAUAUAUCCUAACAAAUCCAGUCAUAUAUGCUGAAAAUCGUUACUUAAAUUUGUUUCCCCUGAGAAAUCUACCUAGUUCCUGCAUUGCCAUAAAUAAUGUAUCCCAACAAACCCAUUUAUUUAUGCGGAAUAAUUGCUUAAUUUAGGUUUUUUUAUUUCUUCCAGAAAUUCCCGUCUUCUUGCCCCUUUGGCAUCAAGUACCAGUUCCACUUAGAGGUAAAUAAUGCUACUCCCCUUGGCUCAUUCAAUGAUUAUUAUUGCAUAGAAACCUUCCCAAUAUGAUUGAAAAUGGUGUCACAGGAUGCUGUGGAUUGCCCCGAGUGGAUCGUCCCUUUCCAUGUCUUUAAAUCAUUAGCAGAAGAGGUGGGGCUCAUCUCUCUCUCUAGACAGAGGGCCAUUGGGCUUCAUUGUUUCUGGGACAGAGCCCAUUGUCAUGCUUUCCUUCAGGGUUUGGCUGAUGCCCAGUGCCCAUGAAAGCCUUGACUCUUGAACUAAGGACCCACUUCCUACCUGGUGAGAGUUUUGCUCCUAGCUUUGACUAAAUCAAAGAUCAUUACAUCUGCCCGCAGUAUGAUCUGGAGCUCAUCUUCGUGAAGAACUUCCAUGAGUUCGUCGACGACUUCUUGAAGAGGCCGGAGUUUGUCGAGCUCAUGCGCCGGCUUGGUGCCCUCGGUGACAGCAUCCAAGACAGGAGUGAGCCCACUCCCCCCCUCGACACCCCCUCAUAAAUCGUCUGACUCCUAAAGUUUGAUGUCCCAUUGACCAUGGUCAAUAACACAUGCCAGGUUCAUAAUCUUCUGAAUUAUUUCUAUUUUUGUGCAGGCACGCUGUCGCCGGUCGAGUGGGAGGCGGCUUAUCUCUACCUAGCCUUUGUUCUUAGAAAGGUAAUCCUUUUCGUGGGCAUUCUUCUUUAGGAAAGCCCGCGGUCUGUCCAAUCCACCGGGGCCUGAAUCGGGCCGGGCUCUGCCGAGUUGGGCCCGUUCAGGGGUCUCGUUGACGGCUCCACCUCUUGAUAACCGGGAAAGGUUUUCCAGGCCGAUUUUCGGGCUUAUCUUCAAUGUUCUCAAUUUCCUUGUUGCCAGCGUGGCCACUCGGAUCCGAGCGCGAGGAACAGCCGAGCGAGCAGAGGACAGACCCAGAUAUCAACGAGCGACAUCAUGUACCUCUGA